CGUUGCCGUUGUUCUGGUUUUAUUACCCCAUCCUAAUAAUGAAUCACGGGAGAAACAAGGAAGUUGUGAAUAUAAAAUAUAGUUUGCACAAUCUUUAAGUGUGUUUUAUAGACCAAUCAUGUAAACAUUUCAGUUUCUUCAGGAACUAAUACUAAUAAAACAUGACUCCAUAGCAACAAGGUUGUGAUCAUAAAAUUAGUUCGCACAAUAAUAGCUGCUUUUGUACAUUUAUAACUGAUAUAUAUUAUGAUUAUUAUCUUAUGCAACAUACUAACAUUCAGUUCAUUAUGAACACAAUGGAUACAUUAGUUAUGUUAUUUGCAAUACUCCUGAUUGAGAGAGUGUCACCAUGGUGUCAACAUUGCAACUGCACAAAUUAUAUACCGACUGAUAUUCAAGUGAAAUGUAGCAUUGGAAAAUUUGUGAAUCUGACACAAUUAGAGGAUCCUACCAAAUAUGAAAGAAUUUUGUAUUCCAGAGGCUAUCUAUCGAGCAUACCCAUAGAUUUAUGCAGGCUGAAGAACUUGAAAUAUAUAGAUUUAUCUUGGAAUAACAUUACAACACUCCGGUCUAAUCAGUUCCAAUGUUUCAGAGCCUUAGUGCACCUGAAAAUGCAAAACAAUGCUAUAAGGUACCUACCCAUUGGAGUAUUUGAAGGUUUAAACAAUCUACAAACGUUAAACUUAAGCUCAAAUGAUAUACACAAAAUUGAAGAAGAUGUCUUCAAAGAGAGUUUCGAAGAAUCUAUGACAUCUUUGGAUAUUUCGCAUAAUAACUUAGAAUAUGUUCCUAGUGAAAUCAUGGAUAUAAUAUUCAAUGCUACUCCUUUAAACAGGCAUAGGUUUUUCAACCUCUCACACAAUCAUAUAACAUUUUUCGAAGAAGGAAGUCAAAGUAUUAAUAAAUAUUAUGAGUAUCUGAGCAUAAAUGAAGAAUUUAUGAAGUUAGACUUAACAUUUAAUAAGGUAACACAUAUAGACAUCAACUUUCUAUCGCCUUUAGGAAUUAAAAAUGUUGAUAGCUUUGAAACAUUUUGGGGUUCUCGAUAUAGGAUAGGUGUAUUUUUUAGUAUACUUCUUCAUAACAAUCCUCUCAUUUGUGAUUGUAACAACUUUUUGUUAUAUAAAAUUGGAACUGAAACUAUGAACUUGUUGGCAGUUGGGCAGUUGAACUUACCUGAAUCCGCAAUGAUUGAUAGGACGGGAAUGGUCUGCAGAGGUCCACAAGAAUUUAAUGGGACAUCUCUGUUCAAUAUGAAAAAUGAACAAUUUGUGUGUCCUGUUGACGGUUGUUUACCCAAAUGUAGUUGCAUUUAUAGCGCGCAUAAUGAGACAUUAACAGUAGAUUGUUCAAAUAUAGGACUUACUUCUUUUCCAAAAAAGAUUCCUUCUUAUCCCGGUUCACCUAAUAUUACUCUCAAUAUUUCUGGAAACAGAAUAGCACAUUUUGAAGAAAGGAUAUAUUUAAGUAGUAUCACUAUAUUAGAUGUCCGUAACAAUUAUAUAGAAACUAUUGACAUUGCAGCAAUUAUCAAAUUGAUUAAGAUCAGAAAGUUGUAUCUUCAAUCUAAUCAUAUUAAGUAUUUACCUAAGGAGAUUACUGCAUUACAGUUUAAUGGCUCAAUUGGUCUGUAUAACAAUUCAUUUGUAUGUGACUGUUAUUCUAUAUGGAUGACAGACUGGAUCAAAACACUGAAAAAUCUCUUACAAGAACCUGUUUGUAUCAAUGGAGGAGCUAAAGUAAGAGAUUAUAUAGAGGAUGAGUUAACAUGUUACAUUAACCUCAAAUUAGCUGUUGCCUUGCCCCUUACAUUUGCUGCUGCUAUCAUGUUGUUUGUGGGAUUGUUAUAUCAUUAUAGACCACUCAUUGUGCUGUGGUGGAGGCAUAAGGUUUAUCGAAGAGCUGUACAUCCUCAGCACAAUAUUGAUGAAAAGAUAUUUGAUGCUUUUGUUGGAUAUGAGAAGAGUGAUGUCAACUGGAUCAAACAUGAGUUGAUACCUUUACUGGAGCCCAAGUACAAGCUUUGUAUUCAUCAGAGAGACUUCCCAGUUGGAGACUAUAUCAUCGAAACAAUUACAGAGUCAAUAUCAAAAAGCCAGUGUAACAUUAUGGUGGUAUCAGCAAAGUUCAUUGAAAGCCAGUGGUGUCUUGAAGAAUUUGCAAUUGCCCACAAAUACUACAUGGCAUUCCCUGCUGAGAAAUUGAUCAUGAUUAUACUUGAUGACCAUAUUAAACAAAGACCUAUUACAAACAAGCUUGUUAAGUAUUACAUCUGUUGUGGAGUCUUUAUUGAGGCAAAUGCUGCUGAUUUUCAUGCAAAACUGUUGGCUGAGAUGCCAUGUAGAUCAGUAAGGGACAGAAAUGAUGAAAUAGGAGAAUUGGAUGACUAUGUCUAGAUUUGUAAUUGACAAUGUCAAGACAUCAUUAUUUGAAAAUGCAAAAGGCAUGAUAUUCUGAUAAAUCAUGUGUACAAGGUGGGCCUGAAAAUAACAUACAUACAGUAAAACCUAAUCCAAACCCUAUUGGGACCAGCCAAAACUGUUCCGAUCAGCAGGUGUUCACAUUUUAGAUAUUUUUAAAUAUGUGAGAGUAGGGGAUAACAACUUUGGGACUAAAGAAAGGCAUUCACAUUGAGGAGUGUUCGGUUUAGAGAGGUGUUUGGAUGUACAGG